GUGGACUUAGACGGCGCCUGCAGCUCCCCGUUUGCUAUCAAGUUUCCCAUCAUCAAAUGGGCUGUCAGAGUCAGGACAAAGCAUUUAACGAUAUGUACAGACGAAACAUCACGACAAAAGUGCUACUCGGGUCAAUUCUGACAGAUAGACACGAAGAGCGUGUGCGUUAGGUGGAUGCGGACAGCAAAGCGCGCGAUGUCCGAUGACGCCGCCGCCCGCGCAAAUCGUUCUACUGAUCCUCGUCGCGCGGGGGACGAUUAUUUUGGCGACUGCCACGCAUACGCGCGUGAGCGGUCCGCGCCCGACUUCUCGCGCAGAUGCGGUGGACUUAUUGCAGCCUAAAUGGGCUUCUUGGACUCAGGCUUCCCGCUGUUCCGGCUAAUAUUCAUUCGUUCGAAGCUGCUUCUAUUGAACUAGCCGCCUCCCUCUGGUAUCGAUGAUCAAAUUCGGGUGUUGGCUCUGUGCCUCGUACAGGCAUUAGAUCUAGUACUUAUACGUUACCUGUGCCUGUCCAACUCGCUGCGUCCUUCUCAUGGUCUUCUGCUUGCCAGUUCACAAUAGUCCGCUAUGCGUCGGUCGUCAAACGUCCCUCUCUUAAUCGCUCUACGUCGGCGUGCUCGCACAACUGCACUAUGCUUCGUGGUUCUGAUCAUUAUCACCAUCUCGUUGUUCAAGGGACACUCUUCCGAUCUCUCGGUUUAUGAAGAAGCAGGAAGCAACAACGCUGGUCGAGUAUCGAGAUUUCUCGAGGUCGUUACUCCUUGGACACGAGAAAGGCCUGUAUAUACAUCUCCACAUCCAGCAGUAGACCCGGAGGCUACGGGGAUCGACAAGAUCCCGGAGGUACCACCCACGCUACAAGAGAACGACGAAGAUGCCUUCUCCGGCACCGAUGCCGUUGAUUCCGCCGCUGAUCCGGAACAAAAUGUCCCAAAACAUACUUGGGACGGAAAUGGUCUGCUAGUCGUGAAUCCUAAUGCCCCGCAUCCAAUAUACGAACUGGUUCAUCGUGCAGAAGCUCAAUGGAACGAGAAGCAGAAACGAGCGAGCAAAACGAUUGAACAGGCCGUAAAGGAGUAUAAGCGGAGAUACAAGCGUUCGCCACCAAAAGGGUUUGAUCACUGGUGGAAUUAUGUACAAAAGCACAACGUACACCUCCCGGACGAAUACGACCAGAUCUACCGCGAUCUUGAACCCUACUGGGGCAUCGAUCCGCACGAUCUCCAAGCAGCUCAGGCAGAAAUAGAGGCAACAAGCGAUACUUUCACGCUGGGAAAACCCACAGAAAAUGAUGCCGUCUCGCUGGUGAACAUGACAGUCAGUGAAGCGAGGAAAAACCGGAUUAGUGACUACUUGUCGUGGGGCGCCAAACCACAGUUGGACAUUCUAAAUGAUGUUUACCGCUAUAUCCCACCGUUUCGAGCCACCUUCAGCCCUCAUGACGGUCCAAGUGAACUGGUGGACUGGACUUGGCGUAAGGCUGCAAUAGACGCUGCCAGGAAUGGCACUUAUCUGAAACCUGAAGGCCUGCCACAACAAGAUAGAUCCGGUUGGUCUGGCGCAUGUCCACCUGAUUCUCCUCUUUACCUCAACCCUCCGAGACGCGAUGAAGAACCUACACCACAAACACCGAAAACAUUCAUACACGACCAUCGCGCUUCAAUGGAUCCAUGCUACCACCCACAACACGUCCUAACACACGGAACCUUCCUCACACACGGCACGGGUCCGAACCCAAAACGCUUUCCAGCUCCUUUACUAAGUAACUGUGCGAGUGCACUACACGGUGACAUCCGCGCCACGUCAAUGCAGCAGGCAUCAGAAUUCGCCAUCGAUGAUCCACGUUGGGACGAUAAAGAGGAUGAUCGGUUGUUUUGGCGUGGAACGCCGACAGGCAUGUGGCACCAUAGCGGUGUCAAUUGGCGUUCGAGCCAGCGUGUGAGGCUUGUCAACCUAACUGGUUCUGAAUCUAGCACGGGUCAGAUACUUAAUACUGGAUCGUCCGACUUUGCGUACGUAACGUACUUAAAUCCUGACGUGUCGCCCGGUGAACCUGUUGGCGAACCUGCAUGGCAUACGCGUCGAAAGGCGAACAAUGCGCUUAUGGACGUGAGCUUCUCAGGUCCUUUGACGGGAUGUGAAGCAGGAGCUGUAUGUGAUGAGAUGCAGAGUGAACUCACCUGGGGUCAGAGAGUCGAAGCAGGUGUGCACGGAGCUGGAAGGUAUAAAUAUCUACUUGACGUCGACGGCAACGGAUGGAGCUCGCGAUUUCGAAGACUCAUGAGCUCACAUGCACUCGUUUUCAAGUCGACGGUCUUUCCCGAGUGGUGGACGGAUCGUGCACAGCCCUGGGUGCAUUACGUUCCAGUCCAGCUAGACUACUCGGAUUUGUAUGACUCACUUGUGUUCUUUGGUGGUGGGCCGGAGGGCGAAGGCGCACACGAAGAGAUGGCACGUAAGAUUGCAAGUGCAGGCCGUGAAUGGGUAGAGAAGUUCUGGAGGAAGGAAGAUGUCACCGCAUACAUGUUUAGAUUAUGGCUCGAAUAUGCCCGCGUCAUGAGCUUGGAUCGAGAUAUCAUGAAUUUCCAUCUUUCAUAAAAUAAUCUAGUCUUUCCGGUUUAUUUUUCUUGUUUUGCGUCUCGAGCUUUGCAAUAAGUCUUGGGUCAUGUAUUUGUAGCCCAUAGCACCUCUAGUUUAUAACAUAGUUAUAAUUCUACUUAGACGU